CUCUAAUUUAUUAAUACAAAAUGUGUAGUGUAGAUUUUUGAUCCAGUAUAAUCAAAAUUCUAAAUAAUCUGACGUUUAAUAACUAAUUGUAAAUAAAGUGAUGAUUACUUUUUAAAAAGGCAAAACAAUAGAUGUAAUUAUCGAGUUUGUUCAUGCAGUUUUCAAAAAUUAUCAUAACCUUAUUAUGGCCUUUCGAAGUUCAAAAUUAAUUGACAAAUGUUUUGAGAAUAUUUUAGAGCUUUCUAAUAAAGGUGUUAGAAAUGAUUUCUUAAUAUUACUACCGAUUUAAGCGUAAAAUGGAAAUUACAUUAGAAACUAUCAAACUAGAGAUAAAACGAAUUUAUAUUUACUCUUGACCGUCAGCAGUGUUUAUUGAUUGAAUGAUUCGGUGUAAUAGUAACAAUUUCGCUCGCAUUUGCGGCACUUUUUUAUAAUUCAUGACCAUCCAGCAUUAUAAUUAUUUUGUUACACCGUCUGACUGCUACAGGGACUGUUAUGUGAUAAAUGUUUAAACAUGGGUCAGAAAUGGAAUAAGUUUUGCCUCCUAUUUUGGAAAAAUUGGUUGUUACAAAUAAGGCAUCCGGUGCAGACUGUGAUAGAAAUUUUAGCCCCAGUCCUAUUUUCUUCACUUCUAGUGCUCAUACGAAGUUUGGUAGAUGUUGAAGAGUACAAUAAUGGAAUGAGUUUUUCCGCCUUUAAAGCAAACUUAAAUGAGAGCUUUAGUUCGUACGUAGUAGGUUGGUCUCCAUAUAAUCCUUCACUGGAACGUAUAAUGAACGACGUUGUAAUUAAUUUGGGAGUUUCUGGGCAUAGAUCGUUUAACAACAGCGCGUUACUUGAAUCUGCCAUGCAGGCUUCCACAAUGGACUCCAUCUUGGCAGGAGUACAAUUCCCUGAUUCCUUACACGGAAACGUAUCUCUUUAUAAGGAUUUAGAUAUCACAAUAAGGUUCCCUGGCGAGCAACGUUCGGCAAGAGUAGUAGGAUUAGGAUCAAUAACAUGGUUUACAAACCUUUUAUUUCCACUUUACCAGUACGCCGGCCCCAGGAGAAUAGAUCAUCCAACUGGAGGACCUCCAUAUUAUCAAGAAGAAGGAUUUCUGCCGUUGCAACAAGAACUCUCAUUAUCCCUAAUAAGCUAUUUCAAAGAAACUUCAAGCAGUAAUAAUUUCCAAAAGCCAGAUAUAUGGAUGCAAAGAUAUCCUUAUCCGAGAUGGAUUAAUGAUUUCUUAUUAACAGCUCUCGAGAGUUUUGUUAGUCUUAUAAUUAUGUUGAGUUUCGUUUACACGUGUAUCAACAUUGUCAGAUGUGUAACUAUUGAAAAAGAAAAACAGUUGAAGGAAACUAUGAAAAUUAUGGGUUUACCAGGAUGGUUGCAUUGGACAGCUUGGUUUGUAAAAGAAUUUAUUUUCUUAUUGAUCUCAGUUAUAUUGAUAGUAAUCUUAGUGAAAGUAAGAUGGUAUUCCGGAAAGGAUUUGAGCGUUUUCACUGCUUCCGAUCCUACAGUCCUUUUGGUGCUAUUCAUACCAUAUGUAUCUUCAAUAAUCACCUUCUCAUUUCUUAUCAGCGUAUUCUUUACAAGAGCAAAUGUUGCUGCCACAAUCGCUGGCAUGGCUUGGUUCUUAUCGUACGCCCCGUACAUGUUCAUGAGAGAAAGUUAUAUAUCCUUAUCACUUUCUCAAAAAUUAGGUGCAUGUAUUUUCGCCAACACUGCCGUCGCAUACGGCUUCCAGUUGAUGAUAAUGUUUGAAGGGAACGAAGAAGGUUUUCAGUGGCAUAACAUAUGGGAGACGGCUUCCACGGACGAUAAUUUGGUACUCGGACAUGUUCUUAUCAUGCUGGUGUUUGACACAUUGAUUUAUCUACUCAUCGCAUUGUAUAUUGAGGCUGUAUUUCCCGGAAAAUACGGAGUACCACAGAAAUGGUAUUUUCUUUUCACAUCAUCUUAUUGGUGCGGAAAAUCACAUUACGUAGUUGACACAAGUUACGAACCAAAAGAAGAAAGUAACGAUUAUAUCGAAAAAGAUCCAGAAAAUCUGAAUGUGGGCAUCCAAAUUAAACAUUUAAACAAAGUUUACAAAAACAGGAAAGUCGCUGUUAGAGAUUUAUCACUAAAUUUGUACGAGGACCAGAUAACCGUUCUUCUGGGACAUAAUGGAGCCGGUAAGACAACAACAAUGUCCAUGUUGACUGGGAUCUUUCCACCGACUCGAGGAACAGCUCUAAUUGCUGGCCACGACAUUAGGACGGACAUGGACGGGGUCAGAACUAGUCUGGGACUUUGCCCUCAAAGUAACGUGUUAUUCGAUGAACUAACUGUACGCGAUCAUCUGUAUUUCUUCAGCAAAUUAAAAGGGAUGAAAAAUGAGGAGAUUGACUUUGAAAUUGAAAAAUACUUAAGCCUUUUAGAACUCACUGAUAAGAGAAAUGCGAAGGCUUCUACUCUUUCUGGAGGAAUGAAGAGAAAAUUAUGCGUAGGAAUAGCGUUGUGUGGUGAUUCAAAGGUAGUGAUGUUGGAUGAACCAUCUGCAGGUGUCGACCCGUCGGCUCGAAGGGCUUUAUGGGAUCUUCUUCAACAACAGAAAAAAGGUCGAACUCUGCUUUUGACAACUCACUUCAUGGACGAAGCAGAUCUUUUAGGAGACAGAAUUGCCAUAAUGGCAGGCGGUGUAUUGCAAUGUUGCGGUUCAAGCUUUUUCCUCAAGAAAAAAUACGGAGCAGGUUAUCAUCUGGUAAUAGAUAAAAUGCAGAGUUGCAAUGUUGCGGAAGUGACCCGUCUCUUUCAAAAAUAUAUUCCAGAUGUGAUAGUGGAAAGCAAUGUAGGUUCGGAAUUGACUUAUUUACUGGACGAACAAAAAUCGAAUGUAUUUGAAGCUAUGCUCGAAGAUUUGGAAAGGAACAGUAACAGUUUGGGUAUAAGGAGUUAUGGAAUUUCUUUGACUACUUUGGAAGAAGUCUUUAUGAAAGUUGGAGCUGAUCAUGGACAAGAGGAACAAAAUGAAAUGAAUGGCAAAAUUACUUAUAAAAAACAGGACGACAGUAACAGUUUUACGUCCAGUUAUGACAAAAUAACAGACAUAAACCUAGGAUACCCGAAAUACUUGACUGGUUGUGCUCUUUGGAGGAACCAAUUCCUUGUGAUGUUUUUGAAAAGAGUUUUAUCAACGUAUCGGUCGUGGGUUUUAAUGUUAAUUCAGAUAUUGGUUCCUGUUCUUUUCUUAAUAAUUGCCAUGAUCGUGGGUCGUCUUUAUGACAGAACUAGCGAUUUACCCAGUCUACCGAUAACAUUGAGUCGCUACAAUAAUCCAGUGACCCUUAUAAGUGGAACUAGUGAAAAUAAUUACUACAACUCUUACCUGAAUGUAAUGAACAGUCAGAACCAAAAGUAUAUUGAGACUGGUUCAGGAAAUUUGUCCGAAGUGAUUCUUCAAGAGACUGCUAGCAACACUGCAGUGUUCCGAAGACGUUAUAUUGUGUCGGCCUCUUUUAAUACCAAUAACACAAUCGUUGCAUGGUUUAGUAACAUUCCGUAUCAUGGAGCUCCAUUAUCACUAAAUCUUGUCAUGAAUUCGAUCAUUAAACAGGAACUCGGAUCGGAUUAUGAGAUUAGAAUUAAUAAUUAUCCUCUACCUUUCACUAUAGAUACGAGAUUGAGACAAUUAGCAAAUGGAAACAACAUGGGCUUUCAAACGGCUUUUAAUUUGGGUUUUAGUAUGGCAUUUGUUUCUUCGUUCUACAUAAUGUUUUACGUUCGGGAACGUGUCAUUAAUGCAAAACAUCUCCAGUUUGUUUCGGGAGUGAGUGUCGUCAUUUUUUGGGCCGCGUCUUUUCUAAAUGACAUUAUCACCUUUAUAGUCACCGUAAUAUGCACCCUUAUUACAUUGGUCUGUUUCCAAGAAGAUGGAUUCAAUACAUUUGAUGAUAUAAAUAGAAUAUUUUCUGUUUUCCUGUUCUUCAUUUGGGCAGUUCUCCCUCUAACUUACUUGGCUUCAUUCGGAUUCUCCUCGCCGUCUUCAGGUUUCACCAGAAUGACCCUUAUAAAUAUAUUUACAGGGGUUGCUGCUUACUUAGUAGUACAAGUUCUUUAUACAGAUGGACUAGAUCUAGAAUACGUUGCUGACAUUCUUCAUUGGAUAUUUUUACUGAUACCUCAUUAUUCAUUCGCAACUGGAAUUAACAAAUUGAAUUCUAAAUAUUCAACAAAUGCCCUUUGCAGUGCUUUUGUGACGAACUGUAUGCAAGUUAUUGGUUCAGAACCCAUAUGUUGGAAAGUUGUUUGUGAAUAUCAAAAUAGAUGUUGUGAUAUCAACUUAAAUUAUUAUGAAUGGAAGGACCCUGGAAUUGGAAGAAACUUGACAUUUUCAGCUCUCGUUGGUGCCUUCUUGAUAGUAGUCUUACUUUUGCUGGAGUACCGCGUUUUUCACAAUCUGAAGUACUUUUUCAAACCCUUUUCCUCCAAAGAACAAGUUUCCGUCCAAAAUGAUGCCGAUCCUGACGAAGAUUUCGACGUUUUCCAGGAGAAACAAAGAAUAAGAAACGCUGCCGUUUAUGAACUUGAAAAUACGAGUAUUGCUUUACGCGACGUGACAAAAUUUUACGGGAAAUUUUUGGCAGUGAAUAACAUUUGUUUGACGGUUGAUCGGUACGAAUGUUUCGGGCUACUGGGGGUAAACGGAGCCGGUAAAACCACCACGUUCAAAAUGAUGACCGGGGAUGUGAUGAUGUCGUCUGGAGACGCGUGGGUCAACGGAUUGAGUCUAAAGGAGAACAUGAACGAAAUCUACAAACAUAUUGGAUAUUGUCCUCAGUUCGAUGCACUUUUAGAUAAUUUAACUGGAAGGGAAACUUUGAAAAUGUUCUGCAUGCUCAGAGGAAUCACGUACGAAGACAGUGAGGCCGUUGCGGUCAAGUUGGCUCAAGAUUUUGACUUUGUGCGGCAUUUAGACAAACAGGUUAGGGAAUAUAGUGGCGGGAAUAAAAGGAAAUUGAGCACAGCGGUUGCCUUGAUUGGAGAUCCGCUCAUAAUUUAUUUGGAUGAGCCUAGUACAGGUAUGGAUCCAGCUACAAAGCGCCAUUUGUGGAAUGUCUUGAGUUAUGUACGCGAAAAAGGAAAGUGUUUGGUUUUGACUUCACACAGCAUGGAAGAAUGCGAAGCCCUUUGUACCCGUUUAGCCAUAAUGGUCAAUGGAACAUUUAAAUGUAUAGGGUCAGUGCAACAUUUGAAAAGUAAAUUUUCUGAAGGGUACACAUUACAAGUUAAAAUACGUAAAACUACCAGCGAUGCCAAUAAUUUUCAGAGGGAAAUAAACAAAGUGAAAGAUUUUGUUGAAACAAAUUUCCCUGGUGCCAUACUUAGAGAAGAGCAUCAAGAAUUACUUAGUUUUAAUAUUAGGAAUAAAUCGUUACAAUGGUCGACAAUGUUCGGGAUCAUGGAAAGAGGAAAGACUGCUUUGAAUAUAGAAGAUUAUUCAUUAGGGCAGUCGAACUUGGAGCAAGUAUUUUUAUCAUUUACCAAAUUACAAAGAGAAUCAUUCUCGUAAUUGUGAUUAAACUAGUCAAUUUUGUGAUAACGUUCAAAAUGGAAUUAAUAGAUAAAAUAGUACAAUGUUGGAAACUAUAUGUACAUAAGUAUUUCGGAAAUAGUUUAAAAGUGCAUUUGUUUUAUUACUGUUUAGACAGAUUUUAUUCUACUACCGUUUUCAAAGUACUUACAUAAAAUUUUAUACUAAUAAGUAAAUAAUUAGAUGAUAGAAAAACAAGGAAUGAAAAGGAAAUUACGGUGCUAUAGAUUAGUGUUGAAACUAUUUAUUGUUAAUUGGCUAUGAAGUCCCAUAUUUAUCACGUGUAAUGUCAUUUAGUAUCACUUCUGUGUUGACUUUAAGGUCGCUAGAUACAGUUAAUAAUAAUUUGAUUUUAAAUGUUUUUGUGUUCAUCAGAUUACGUGUUCCCAUUUACCUUUUCCUAAUAGAGGCUUUAAGCUAUAUGUAUGUACGUAUGUCUACAAAUAAGUAAAUAUUUUUUUGUAAUAGAA